AUGUCUGAGGGUAUUCUAAAUGAGAAGCAUAUAAGUGACCAGGUCACUUCUGCUACACCUAGUGAGAAUGAGGUGAUCAUCAAGGAUUGGGAUGAGGAGGAGUCCGCCGUGCGGCGCAAGGUCGACUUCAUCCUGCUUCCUAUCCUUGCGGUCGCGUUCUUCGCGUUGCAGAUGGAUCGCGGCAAUAUCAGUGCCGUGCUCACUUCGUCCAUUACCCACGACCUCAAUAUCACCACCAACCAAAUCAAUAUUGGUUCCCAGCUGCUGUCGGCUGGUAUCGUGCUCUCGGAAAUCCCUUCAAAUAUUAUCAUGCAACGCCUUGGGCCGCGUGUGUGGCUAUCUGGUCAGCUGUUUGCGUGGGGACUCGUCGCUACAUUUCAGGCAUUCGUGCAGUCAUAUGCCGGAUACCUGGUGACACGAAUCCUGCUGGGUUUCUGCGAGGGUGGCUUCAUUCCUUGCGCCUUAUAUUAUCUUUCCACGUGGUAUAAAAAGGAAGAGACAAGCUUGCGCACAAGCUUGUUCUUCUAUGGGCAGAUGUUUGCUUCUGCCACCUCGAGCUUGAUCUCUGCUGGUCUGCUGAGAUUGAACGGUACUCAUGGCUUGCAGGGAUGGAGAUGGAUCUUCCUUGUUGAGGGAUUGAUCACCCUGUUCAUCGGAAUCAUCUUCACCCUUCUUGUGCCCCCUUCUGCGGGUGACGGUCGUCCUUUGAUUGCUGGCGGACGCUGGAGUUACUUCACCGAGCGCGAAUCGCACAUCAUUCGCAAUCGGGUGCUGCUGGAUGAUCCCCGCAAAGCUCGGGGCCAUAUCCAGAUCAAGGGUAGUGAUAUCUGGCAAACCCUGAAGCAGCCGCGCAUUCUGCAACACGUUGGCGUCACUCUUAUUUCCAUGACUGCCUUCCAGGGCAUCACACAGUAUACCCCGAGCAUGAUCAAGUCCCUAGGCUUCGGUGCAGUCAAGGCCAACGCAUUGACUUCCGUCCCGGUGUACUGCAGCAUGGUCUGGUUGCUAAUUCUGUCAUAUGCUUCUGUUCUGACGGUUUACAGUGACAAAACAAGACACCGUGGACCCUUCGUCCUCCUUGCCAUCACCUGGAAUGUGAUUGCUUACGCUUGUCUCCGAACGAGCAACCCCCACGCCGGGCAAUGGCACCGGUAUGGAGUCAUCGCUGUUGCAAAUGUGUCCUAUUGCAGUAUGCACAUUCUCAAUGUCGGCUGGUUGUCCUACUACUGCCGCACUCCGCAGGAACGGAGUGUCGCCAUGGCGCUAGUCGUGAUGGCCGCUAACUGCGCCGGUAUUGCCGGCUCUCAAACCUUCCGCACGUCCGACGCGCCCAGGUACUUGCAUGGUCUCACCGCCAGUGCAGCUAUUGCGGGUGCUGCGUGGGCUCUGUGUUUUGCACUCGGUGUGCAAUACUAUUGGCGUCGGAAGAAGGCUGGCUCGACUGAUGAGGAGGCUGAAGUGAAGAAGUAA